UAGUUACUUAGAAAAUGCUAUAAAUAAAAAGAAAGACAAAAUUUGCGUGACACAUAACUUCGGAAAAAGCGGUUCUCGGAAAAAGUGACGAUGACUGCUCUAUAACUCUAUGGUUCUAUUCAUGGAGAAAUAAUGUACUCUCAAAAGAAAUUAACUAGCUUCUGCGAUACAACUCCUUGUUUCAAGGUCUGAGCACAGAGGAUAAAGAUGGUAUUUGCACUUUUUUAUAAAGCUAUAGUUCAUUACUAUUCCAAAAGCCCAUCAUCGACACUUAUUUUAAAUUGGGAAAGCACUGAACCCAAUUCCACUGAAGAAAUUUAAACCGUUUUGCGUUUUGUGUUUUGAUUGGUACAAAGACGAUAAGGUCAAACAGUGUCUGUUCAUUUGUUUAUUAUUUAGAUGUUGCUCUAAUCUUAUCUCGUGCUCAGUUAACAGAUAUUUUAACUUCUCUAAACUUACUGAUUCUAGAAAAAGCUGAGAACCAAGUGACAAAAUAAAAUCUCUUGAUUUAAAUACAACAGUAUUGACUGUUUGAAGAGUCAUCUUCGUAUUAUUCGGAUAACUGAUAUUGAAAACUUCAUAUAUGUACGGCUGUCAAAGUUAAGGUGAACGAAAUGACUCAUUGCAUUUCAGAAAUCGAUUUCGAAUUUCAAGAAUCUUGAGAAUUAAUUCUAGAAAAUCGAUCGAUUUUCUAGAAUAUUAGAUAUUAGAAAAUCAAACUCGAAUUUCCAGUAUAUAGAAAAUCGAGGCCAAAUUUUAAUAUUUUUGGUAAUUCUAUGCCGAUUUUCUGAAUAAAAUGAAAAGUCAAUUUAUAGAAAAUCACGAAUUUCUAAAAACCAAGAAAAUCUACGAGCAUUUUAUAAAAGUCAGAAAAAGCUUUACGAUUUUCCAGGUCGAUUUUCUAUAAACUGGAAAUUAAUUCCAAAUUACAGUGUAGCAACCGUUUUGCUCAUUAACUUUUCCUUACACAAAAUUCACCAAUGUUUGUUCUACUUUAAGCAGUUGUCACUGACCGAAAUUCAAUACUUUUUCUUGUGAUUUAAUUAUUUAGGACUUCAAUUCGUUCAUCUGGGCGAACUCAAUAUACAGCUGGUUAUUAUAAAAAUUUACAUAAUCAUAAUACUAAUUAUACAAAUAAAAUUAAUACAACACCAAUACCUAAUUAA